AUGGUUGCGAAGGGUGUUGCAGGCGAAGAUAUCCAAUUCCUUGUCCAAGUCUUGCAUCCUGAUCCAAACGAUCGGUUGAAUGUACGUGAGAUACUGGAGACCAGCCGUAAAGACGACUAUUCUAACAAAGAGGGCGGAAACAAGAAUAGAAUCUCUUCUCUAAAGCCUUCACAUUCACUAGUUAGGGUUAGGGUUCCGCCAGUCCCGACACCCGAGUCUCGGCAAGCCGCGGCUCUUCUCGGGCCGGCUGGAGGCGUUCUUGGCUCGCAUCAGCAAGGACAAAUUACGAGCAAUUAUUAUUGUUUGUUUUUUUCAGGUUUCCUCCUUGUCGAUAGAUAUACACUUCAUCGUCUUUCGUUUUAUGUAACAUCAACUCUCCUCAGCUAUCUUUCUCCAAUGCAAAUCCCAACCAUCGAGAAUGGGACGUCCGGACGUCCUGCAGCUUCAAUGAACGGAACAUCGUCAGGCCGCAUCCUCUACGUGGAUGCUUACGACUCGUUCUCUUACAAUGUGAUCUCCAUGCUGGAGGAAAACUUGAAUGUCAAAGUCACGGUGAUCACGGUCGAUUCCGAAUGGCCCAAUGGAGGCAUGCUCCAAUUCCUGCGUCUGUUUGAUGCGGUCGUUCUGGGACCCGGCCCGGGAAAUCCCGAGUCAGCGCCCGACGUUGGCAUCAUGAGAGAUCUUUGGACUCUCGACGGUGCGGAAUUAGUUCCAGUCUUGGGCAUCUGUCUUGGAUUUCAGAGUCUGUGUCUUCAUCAUGGGGUUCCAAUACAAAGGCUUCCGUGUCCUCUGCAUGGUCAGGUUCGUCGCAUAAGCACUGUGGAUGAGGACAUAUUUGAGGGAAUGCAAGACUUUGAGGUCACGCUUUACCACUCCCUCUAUGCUGCAGUUGACAGCGUAUCAAACGGAGUGGGUUGUGAGCCAGCAGGGAUUUCACAUUCUUUGGAGCUCUCUUUCCUUGCCUGGUUGUCCAUCAGUGAACCUGAUUCUAAGACCAUCCCAAUGGCUGUGCGUCACAGGAAAAAGCCCUUCUGGGGAUUUCAGUUCCAUCCAGAGUCUUGCAAGUCAGAUGCAACUUCGUGUACGAGCCUAUUAAAGAGAUGGUGGGAGGAGGCUACUGCGUUUAACAAACGAUCUGGACGUUUGAUAUACGCAAAUAAGCCCGGAAUGGUCGAUACAUGUUCCCUCAUACCUACUGUUGAUCCAGAAAUCAGGCAACUUCUCGAAGAGUUGACUGCAGCGUCGUCAGAAAAAUGUACCUUUCGAUCCUUGCCUCUGCAUGAUCUCAGUGCUGAAAAGAUCUUCGAGAUGACAAAUACACCGGGCUCACCAUCAGUCCUUUUCCAGUCGAACGGAAGAUUCAAUGUAAUAUCGAUACUGAGUCCUAACAGCUGGAGGCUGGAAUACUAUGUUCCCAACAAAACUCUGCUUCUCGAAGGACUGGGCGAUCUCGCACAGAAAUCUGUACAGACUGUCCUUGAAGUGGAUGAAUUUUGGAAUACCCUGAGACACGUGAUGAGUAAGAAGAGAGUUCGAUCUGGUCAUGACGAGGUCCCAUUCUGGGGAGGUUUCUUGGGAUACUUUUCUUAUGAAAUGGGACUCGCCGGACUUGCUCAUCCCAAGACUUCACCAGUGCUCGGUAAUUAUAAUUCGCCAACACCGCAGCCAGCAGAGGCGGUGGAUCCCCCAGACGUGAGCUUAUUAUGGGUUGAGAGAAGCAUCGUCGUCGAUAAUGAGUCACGAACAGUAUAUAUCCAAUCUACACGGGAGCUUGAUGACCAGCCAGACGGUUGGCUCGCUCUGACCCAUCGCCGACUGCAAGAUUUUUCCUGUGACCAUUCCCUUCGAGUGAAGUCGUCGAAAACAGAUUCCAAAUGUCCCGAAGUUGAUCGUCAUAGUCUUCUAGAAGCCGCAGAAACAGAGCUUAUCGGUCGCGUCCUUGACGGGGCCACUGUCGAUAUUCCCGACGAGGAAUCCUACAAAAGUCAGGUAGCCACUUGCAAAUCGCAGCUCGAAGCGGGAGAAUCCUACGAGCUGUGUUUGACGGGCGAGACAUCUAUCACGUUGCCUGCCCUUCCGGACGAGAACUUGCGCAAUCUGCGCCCAUGGUUGCUAUACAAGAAACUCAAAACGUAUAACCCGGCCGCGUUCAGUGCGUACGCGCGGCUGGGUAAUGUCAAGAUAGCCAGCAGCAGUCCGGAGUGUUUUCUCAACUGGGACCGACAGUCGAUGUUAGAGAUGAAGCCAAUGAAGGGGACGGUCAGGAAGUCGGCGGAUAUGACUCUGGAGAAGGCCAAGGAGAUUCUCGGCACGACGAAAGAGAUGGCAGAAAACCUGAUGAUUGCGGAUCUGGUGCGCCAUGAUCUCUAUGGCAUCUGCGGGUCGGGGAACGUGCAUGUUGAGAAGCUCCUCGAAGUCGAGGACCACGGGCGGGUCUACCAGAUGAUCACGCAUGUCAAGGGAAUUGUGAAGGAUCAUCAGCCUGCAGAAGAGCCAACCAAUAUGUCUUUCUACGGUAUCACAGCCUUGCAGCGCUGUCUUCCACCAGGAUCGAUGACUGGCGCGCCCAAGGAGCGUUCGUGCAUGCAUCUUUCAUUGAUUGAACAGCGCAAACGCGGGAUCUACUCCGGAGUCAUGGGGUACCUCGAUCUGGGAGGUGCAGGCAGCUUUUCCGUUGUCAUCCGGACCGCAUUCAGCUGCUCUGAUGAUCAGCCCGGCAAAGACGAAUUAUGGCGCGUCGGGGCUGGCGGAGCCAUCACCAUCCUUAGCACAGCUGAGGGUGAAUGGGAUGAGAUGAUGACCAAAUUACGGACUGUGAUUCAAUUUUAUGUUUACAUGCACAUGCACUUGAAAAUUCAACAUUCAACGUUUCCGUGGCAUGGCGUGGAGUGGCGUGGUGCGGCGUUCAACAUGCAGUUCGUAAGUUGGGGGAAAUAA